AUAGUAAUUUAUAAUAAAUUUUAAUAAUUUAAAUGUACACAUAAAUUAGAAAAAUGGGUGGCGGGGAUCUGAAUUUGAAGAAAUCAUGGCAUCCAUCUACCAUGAAGAAUAUGGAAAAAGUAUGGAAAGCGGAACAAGAAAAGAAUCAAGAGAAGAAAAGAAUUGCAGAAUUGAAGAGAGAAAUAGCUAUGGAAAGAGACCGAGAAGAUAUGACAAAAUAUGCUAUGGAGCAAGGCGUUAUAGAAAAGAAAGAUGAUAAGAAAUUAGAUUGGAUGUACAAGGGUCCGAACGAUAUGGUAAAUAGAGAAGAUUAUUUACUAGGUCGUCCGAUUGACAAAUCAUUUGAGCAAGUAGCACAAGCCCAGAAAGAUGCGGAUUUAAAUCGAGCAUCAAAGAAUCAUGUUGAAUAUGAAUGUAUUCCACCUUCUUUACGAUUUUUCUCCGGAAACGAGCAAGUCGAUCUAGCAAGAAAGAUGCAAGAAGAUCCAUUAUAUGCAAUAAAAAAGAAGGAAACUGAAACACGAAGUCAGUUAUUGAAGAAUCCGGUCAAGUUAAAGAAACUUAAAGAAUUGUUGGAACAACAGGCAAAGAAAAAGGAGACGAAGAAAAAAAGCAAAAAGAAAAAAUCAUCCAACAGCACGGAUAACAGCGACGACGAAACCGAAUUAGAUAAUUUGUUAGCAGCAAAGUACAAAAAGUUGAAAGAUAAGAUUAGUGAGAAAGAUUUGAUAAAGUCAAUGAAAAAAAUUAAGCACAAGAAGAAGAAGAAAUCUAAAAAAGUUAGUAGUAAUUCUGACAAUGAUACUGAUAGUGACAGAGAAAGUAACAGUGGCGACAAUGAUAGUAGUAGUAGCAGCAGUAGUACCAAUGAAUUAGUUAAACGUAAGAAAAGAAAACGAAAUCACAAAAAGAGAAGUAGUAGUAAUGAUAGUGGUACAACACACAGAAAAAAAAAUAAGAAGAAAGAUAAUGAAAAAAAAGAAAAGCACAAAAAAUCAAGCAAAAGUGACGAAGAAGAUACUCAAAAAUUACUUACUAAAAGUAGCAAUACUCAUAUUAUGAAAUCAGAUAGAAUGUCAAAAAGAGAAAGAGACCAUCCAUAUAAAAGGAAUACAGUGCAUAGAGAUGAUAAUAAUUAUAGAGACAAUGAAAACAAUAAGAGAUACAAAGAAAGAUCAUCUAUAGAAAAAUCCUAUGACGAAAAUCAUAAAAGAAAAUCCUAUCACUCUUCCUUUAAUUUAUCUCAAAAAAGGUUUAAUGAAGGUAGAAGAAUUGAACAGAAAUGGGUUCCAAAGAAAAAACUUUCGGAAGAGGAAAAGGAAAAACGUAGGCUGGAAAUGAUGGAAAAUGCAACAUGGCGAAAUAAAGAACGAGAACGUAAUGUAAAGCAGUAUCAUGAACAAGAAAAGAAAGAAUUAUCUAACGAAAAAAUAUAUAACAAAGAUUUUAUUAGGAAGCAAUUAGUUGCAGCAGCUGAAGUUAGUACGGUUGCAUCGAGAAUUAAAUCUAAUAUAAACAACAUACAACGCUCUGGUCGAGCAAUGGAUACAAAUUUUGCUAAACGAUGAAUUGGUUAGUAAGUAUAACAUUCAUUACUACUCGUGUAGGGUAUCUGUGACAUACCAAUUUCUAUUGGGAUUCCAGUAUCAAAUAUUUGUGACUACCGUCACAAAUAAACGCAAAAAAUCAAUUUUGGCCUGUGAUCGGAAUCUCUUCUCCGGGAUGCGGUAAAAAACGUAUUGACUACAUUUGUACAGUUAGAAUUAUAGGAAUACGCGUAUAUACAAUAUAAUAAAUUUUAAGAUCUUUUUUUUUUACUUAUUUUGUAUAGAAAAUAAGAUAUCAUUUAAUAAAUUUUUACCAGGAUUGAUUAUACACAUACAUACAAUUAAAUAAUUUUUUUUACAAUGUACAAAUAUACAUAUAUGUACAUUUCUCAACUCAAAUUUAAUAUCAUAAAUAUUGUUCUUGUAAAUCAAUUAAAGUGUAUUUCAUUAGAGCAUUGAUUAAGAGAUAUAUAUGUAUAAUUACGCUAUUUUGCACAUUUCAUGAGAUUCAAAAUUAUCUUUGGCAUCCGUGAUGGUAGUUACACAACCAAUUGCAAGAACGUUGUUUACAACUGCUCUAGCUAGAUAACCGGUAGUCAACGAAUAAUGUAUAGAAAAGAAUGGUGUAAGGUCAUCCGAUACCUCCAAAUUUUGAUCCUGAAUAUAAGUAUAUAUCAAUCCAACAUAUAUUACAUAUUCUUAUAUGAUAAUUUUAAAUUUAUCUUACGAUGAGUAAUAAUGUGUAUAGAAAUUUUUAAUAAAACUAAUAACUU